AUGGCUGUCGGUAAAGUGACCUUCACCAAGGUGGAGAGAGAGAAGCUAGCCGAGGUCCUCUGGCUGCUCAACUGGAUCUCUGUGGUGACGGGGGUCAUCCUCUUUGGCCUUGGCUUAUUCCUCAAAAUUGAAAUUCAGAAAUGGCAAGAAGUGAUGUCAGAGCACGGGAUCCUCUACGUGCCACAUAUGCUGAUCACUACAGGCCUGGCCGCUGGCUGCAUCAACUUCCUGGGCGGGAAGAUUUGCCUGGACUGUGCUGACACCAACAAGUUCCUGCGCUGGAAGCUGGUGAUGAUGCCGUACGUCAUCUGUACUUUCUUCUUCACCUCCUGCAUCCUGGUGGGGGCGCUCAUGUGCUACAGCAUUCGUGGUCAGCUGGAGGAAUCUCUGUUCCUAGGCUUAAGGAACGCCAUGCAGUACUAUAAGGACACGGACACGCCUGGCCGCUGCUACCUGAAGAGGACUCUGGACCUGUUGCAGAUGCAGUUCCACUGCUGUGGGAACAACGGGUACCGGGACUGGUUCCAGGUCCAGUGGAUCAGCAACCGGUACCUGGACAUGAGUAGCAGAGCUGUGGAAGACCGUCUGAGGAGUAACGUGGAGGGGAAGUACCUGAUGGACAGCGUCCCCUUUAGCUGCUGCAGCACCUUCUCCCCUCGACCCUGCAUCCAGCAGCAAGUCAGCAACAGCUCAGCCCAUUUCAACUACGACCCUCAGAGCCAGCAGCGGAACCUGUGGAGGAGAGGCUGCCGACAGGCGCUGCUCGACCACUACACAAGCAUCAUGCAGUCCAUCGGCCUCACCGUCCUCCUCAUCUGGUUAUUUGAGCUGCUGGUCCUGACCGGAGUCCGUUACCUGCAGACUGCCAUGGAGAACGUCCUGCAGCUGGGUGAUCCUGAUUCAGAGUCGGAUGGUUGGAUUCUGGAGUACAGCCUCGCAGAAACAGCUCGGUCCAACUUCAACAUCAUCAAGAACCUGGGGAAGUGUUACCAGGCUGACAACGACCCAAAUAUCAACGUUCCGACUGUACCUGUCGAACAGGAAGUGCCAUCGCUGCACAUCCAGAUCCCGACAACGAGCUGA